AUGAAACUGCAAUUCUUCUCACCCAUCAAUUUCAUCGAGGAAAACAACAUUGGUAAAGCCGCGACCGGCCGAUUUGUCUCCCAAAACAAAGGUGACGAGGUUUUCUCAGGAUCUACCGACAAAAAAAGUGAGAUCGAGGUUGUUGUCCUUGACACCGGUGUUCAUACCUUCUUUUGUAUGGCUGCUCACCUUGCUGAUAACACCAGCAAUGCAUUGGCAGCCAUUGGUAACCUCUGUAUCUGCUCGAUUGUUGUCGGAAUGGUCAUUGAGAUCAUGGUAAUGUACCCGGUCCAACAGAGAUAUAGAGAUGGUAUUGACAAUCUUUUGGCGCUUCUCAUCGGAAGAAUCCUAAUUGGCAUGCCUAUUGUUUUGUCGGUAGCAAUGGUUAUCGGGUCUCACUGCUUGUCAUAA